AUGACAGAAAGCCGAGAAAAAGUCAUCAUUGUUGGAACGGGUUGGGCGGGUUUCAAUCUCAGCCAGAAGCUGAACGACAAGAAGUUUGAUAUAUCGGUCAUCAGUCCGAACGACACUUCUCCGUAUACGCCUCUUCUGGCGAGUGCAGCUUGUGGUCUCUUCGAUUUCUCCCUCGCAGAAGAGCCGAUUCGCCACAAGUCCAAGAAAAUCAACUACUACAAAGCCAUUGUUGACACCAUUGACUUCGAUCAAAGAAUAUGCAAGUGUGUUUCGGUUUGUGCCAUUGAAGAUGGCGGUGACAGAAUCUUCGACGUGCCAUAUGACCGCCUCAUUCUCGCUCCCGGAUGCAUCCCCAACACAUUCAACACUCCCGGAGCCGAAGAACACGCCUACUUCAUCAAGAACGUCUCAGACGCCAAACGCGUCCAAAACCGUCUAAAGCAGCUCUUGGAGCUCGCUUCGCUCCCCGGUAUCACCGAACAAGAGCAACGCGACCUUCUCCACAUCGUUGUCGUGGGAGGUGGACCAACAGGUGUGGAAAUUUCGGCCGAGAUGUCGGAUCUCUUUAAUGAGGAUUUCGCGUUCUUGUACCCUCACCUAGCCGGCAAGAUGACCAUGUCCAUCCACGACGCAGCACCUUUCAUCUUAGGAGCUUUCGAAGAAGCCCUCCGUGAACAUUCCAUCAACAGUUUCUCGAAACGAGGCGUUACCACCUAUACGGAUUCGAAGAUUUUGAAGGUCGAACACGACAGCAUUACGACCGAGUCUGAAGGAAGGAUCGGGACGGGAAUGGUGAUCUGGACUGCGGGGAACAAGCAGUGUAAACUUGUUGAUGAUCUGGAUGUUGCCAAAACCGAUGGUAUGCCGAGGAUCAUGACGGAUGAGUAUCUACAUGUUCUUGAUAGUAAUUGGGAGUCGAUGAAGGAUGUUUAUGCUCUUGGCGAUGCGGCGGAUAUCAGGAAGCAGUUUCUUCCUACUACUGCUGAGGUUGCUGUCCAAAAGGCGGAGUUCCUCGUCAAAGCUCUGAAUUCGGGGAAAGACGGACAGAAGCCAUUUGUAUAUGGGCAGAAACCACUCGUGGCGUACAUUGGAGGCCACGAUGGUGUAGUGUCAGGUCAACCAGACUGGAGUGGAACAAGAGCGUGGAGGGCAUGGAGGAGUAAGAAUUUAUUGUGGACCAGAAGCUGGCGGCGGAAGACGAUGAUUAUGAUGUACUGGACUUUGGAUUACUUUGGCGGCAAAGAGAUUGCUAGACUGUAA